UUCAUCAUAUGUUGGCGAUGUCUUCCAAACAUGAGCUGAAGAAACUCUCGGAGGAAAGCUUAACCCGGCAACCGGAUGAGGUGUUCGACAUCAUCUGUAAGCUCGGCGAGGGCAGCUAUGGUUCGGUGUACAAAGCCCUGCACAAGGAGAGCGAGCAGGUGCUCGCGAUCAAGCAGGUUCCGGUCGAUACGGACCUGCAGGAGAUCAUCAAGGAGAUCUCGAUCAUGCAGCAGUGUGACUCACCGUACGUGGUAAAGUACUACGGGAGUUACUUCAAAAACACCGACCUGUGGAUCGUGAUGGAGUACUGCGGUGCGGGGAGCGUGUCCGACAUUAUGCGGCUGCGUAAAAAGACCCUUACGGAGGACGAAAUAGCGACCAUCCUGAUCGACACGCUGAAGGGGCUGGAGUAUUUGCAUUUGCGGCGUAAAAUCCACCGUGACAUCAAGGCGGGUAACAUCCUGCUCAACUCGGAGGGACACGCGAAGCUGGCUGAUUUCGGUGUGGCCGGACAGCUGACGGAUACGAUGGCGAAACGGAACACGGUAAUUGGGACGCCAUUUUGGAUGGCGCCGGAAGUGAUCGAGGAGAUCGGGUACGAUUGUGUGGCGGAUAUUUGGUCGCUUGGUAUUACGGCGCUUGAGAUGGCGGAAGGAAAACCACCGUACGGGGACAUCCACCCGAUGCGGGCGAUUUUUAUGAUCCCGACGAAACCACCACCGUCGUUCCGUGAUCCGGACAUCUGGACGUCGGAGUUUAUCGAUUUCGUGAGUCUGUGCUUGGUGAAGAAUCCGGAGGAGCGAGCCACCGCGACUGAUCUGUUGGCGCACGAGUUUAUACGAAAUGCCAAACCGUGCAGUAUACUUAGCCAAAUGAUAGCGGAAGCGAAGGAAAUACGGGAAAACCAAAGCUAUCGGCACGCGGCCGCCAUCAGCCAGGCGAACAAGCAGCUGCAGAAUAGCAACAUUAAUGGUAACGGGCAUGACGGUGAUUCGGACGAUGAGGAUCAGGUGAACUCGCGGACGAUGAAAGAAUUUCCGGCAGAUUGCGGAACGCUCGUGCCCGGUCGCGGAGAUGAAGGUGACGGGACAAUGAUCGCCCACACGGACUAUGGGACGCUUGUGCCGGACAACGGUACGAUGGUGGAGCUGCAGUCCAACCUGGGCACGAUGGUGAUCAACUCCGAUUCCGAGGAAUCGACCAUGAAAAGACAUGAUACAAAUCCGGACAAACCGAAGUAUCGGCCACUGUUUCUGGAUCACUUUGACAAGAAGGAGGCAGAAGCAGCCAGCUUCGGUAAUAGCAAGGUGGCUGAGGUGAACAAUCAUCUCCAUCAGCAGCAUCACCACAAUCACAUUCAAUCGCCCUCGUCGGUGAUGGGAUCGUUUGAUGAUGGUUCGCCGGGAGUCGAUUUGGGUGAGGAACUAUCACCUCCGUUCAGUCCGCAGGCGGUAACGCCGGUAGCCUCACCCCAGCAACACCUGCCACAGCCGCCUUUAGCCGCGUCACCGCAGCAACCCCAGCCACAGGUGCAGAAGAUUGUGAACAAUAUGGUCGCACCAGGAGCGGCUGCGGCGGUGCAACCUUUCCCGGGUGCGCAAAGUCCUAUGUCCCCGUCGGCACCACCGUUGACGCAGAAUUUCCAAGACCACCAACAGCACCAGGCACAUCAAGCACAUCAGCAGCAACAGUUCAACGAGGAUCGGCAACGGUAUCAAUCGCACCUGCAGCUGCAACUAAAUCAAAUAUCGGCCGUCAGCCCCAACAUGCACCAGAUGCAGUUCUUGCAACCCACCGCUGCCGAGUACGAUUCGCUUAAGUUUAUGAACUAUGAACAGCUAGAGCAGCGGCUUGCCAGUCUGGAUAAGGAGAUGGAGAAAGAGCUAACGGAGACGAAGAAACGGUACACCUCCAAACGCCAGCCGAUUCUGGACGCGAUCGAAGCGAAGCAACAGAAACGACAGCAGAAGCUGGAGGAGUUCUGAGUAGCCAUCCAUACGGAGCCAUCAGCCGGCGCUUCCGCUGCAGGCUAGCUUUUGCGGACCAGUUUCUGCUCGGUACGCCGAGGAAAGCCUGAAGCGCUGAUAGCGGUUAGUCAUAUUUUAGCAGUAAUUUUAUCGUCUUAUGAGCUUUUAGUUGCAAAUUCCUAUCACGUUAUUGACGAUCUCCGCUCGGCUUUGGAGACUGUGGGGUUUCGCUGAGAUUAGAGACUUCGUCGAUCGAAUAUGAGCGACGUUUGUUUAAGUAUUUUAACCUCUUUUUGAUUAUUUUCUUCGCUGCAACUGGCGAUCCAUGGAACGAUAUGUCGGGGUACCCGCUGUACCAGAUCUGAUAUUAGACAGUGUGCUUCAUUUUUUUUUUAAAUGGUUUUAGCUCCCACCUUCCAUCCACUGCUUUUAUUCAUCAAUUAUCUGUGAGAUCAAGGGAUCUGAUUGGCAAGCGUAAGCACACCGGGUUGGUCCGUUGUGUGCGCUUGAGUUCGAGUGUGAUUACGUCGUACGUUGGGCUAGCUAUUCCUCAUCCUUACGUAUCAUGGUCCGUCCCUUGGAAUGAUUGUGCGUCUAAUAUUGCGCAGGUUUCCUGUUCAAACAUUGAAGCUUCCCAUGCUAGUUAAAUUUAUGCCCGUAAUGCUGCACGGUGCGAUGGUUUACUACUUUAAUUCGCUUUUCGUUUCGCACUGUUGUUUUGCGCCUAGAUUACUGACCGCACUCGACGGGUACACACUUCCGAUGAACCCGCUCAGCCUGGAGAUUAAUUUUAUGAACAAAUCGUUACAGUUAUCAUAUGUGGCAAAGAAGGGUCAGUGUGAGACGAACGGCAAAUGAUUCUAACGAAACCAGCAUUAAAAAUACCUUAAAAAGUGAAACCUCAAACGAACUAACAGAGAAGAUUGAAAUUAGAAUACAAUAAUCCUUGCAAUACUGUAGCGGUACUAAGGAGAAGUAGUUGAUGAUUUAUAUAUAUCCAGCAGCAGCAGAGUGAUUGACGAAUAUAUACAAACUCACAUUUACGCGAUGAAAUUAUAGACGAUCGAACAUCGAUCAACACUUUUAUAGACCGGCGCCCGAUGCCGUUGAACCCCGAUAGUGCAUCAGCCGGUGAACGAAUCAGGAAAACCAUGCACCAUAAAGCGUAGCCAUUACCUAGACAGAUCAGACCCUGUUACAUACACUAAAGUGCUAAAGUGCGAGACGCGGGUUAUGUGUGAAAAAUAGCAAUGAACAAAAUAAGUGCUACAUUUUAUUCUUGAAACAUAUACAAGUCUAUUGAGAAUUAGUUUCCGUUCAGGAGUAGAGAUAUUAUGGCUAGGCGGCAUCAUAGCGCAGAUCUCGUCUGCAGGCGCCGAUAAGCACGCAAAUCACGAUAAGCGGCGGAUACAGGAAAAAAUGCGCAAUGUGAAGAUGGUGAAGUUGAACGACGAACCAAAUACUGACCGUAUGUGGGUAUUAUUGAAACUGACGAACAAAAGCAAGAUAAAUAAAGUUGAACUUUAAGG